AUGGGAACUCUGUUGUCUCUGCUUCGCUCGGACUACAAGCGAACCAUGGACGCCAAGCAGGCGCGCGGCCGUUCGACCGCUCGCAGCAGUGAGCACCGCUCGGCUUACAAUUCGCCCCGUGGCCACAGCCUCGACAAUGCCAGCAACAGUAGCGGCAACAACAACAACGAAAAUGAGAGGUCGUCCCGGGAGGUCGUUUUUCCGGACUCGUUCGAGGUACUUCCGCGACCCCGUGCCGACCUCAGUGUCGUUUACAUGGGUGUGUCGCACGAGCAGCAGCGCAAGUUUAGGUGCAGGUUUUGCGGAAAGGGCUACAGGUGGAAGAGCACCAUGAGGAGGCACGAGAAGGUCGAGUGCGGGAAACAACCCUCGUUUCAGUGCCCCCAGUGCCCCUACAAGGCCAGACAGAGGGGUAAUCUCACGGUGCACUUCAAGCGACACCAUCAGAAGAUGGGCAUCGGCAUAUUUGACGACAGUGCUUGA